AUGCCUAUAAGCCCAGGACUUCUUCGAAGGAUUCUCGAAGCCGGUGAAGAUCCAAAUGAUUGGGAAUCUGAGUCUGAAAAUGGCGAUAACAACGACGAUGGUUCUCGCGUCACGGUCCCUGAUCUCUUGCCAGUGCCGCCAAACGCUUUCUCGAAACCCAACGAUACACUGUGCAGCACCUGUAAAUCACUCAAGCUUACGCCAAGUCGAUUUGUUGUUCAUCCUAGUGAUGGAGAGAAUCAAAAUGUACCGGAUAAUCCCAAUAUUAAGUUAGGCCUCGUGAAGGAUAUUAAAAGCAAGUCCAAUUGUCCCUUCUGUCGUUUGGUCUUGAAGGCACUUUUCAAAGGGGAACCUGUAGAAACAGAAGAAGGGAUUGAUGUCGAAGUAACAAUGAGUUGGAACACCGACGGCCCAAGACCUGAUCCAAACCAACCAUGGCGACAUAUCCCUCAGAUUCGCGUUCUUAGACCCUACGCUCAAAAGGUCGGUGGCGGCUAUAUUGCUGAUCUCGAAAGGUCCAAUAUGUUCCCUGAAAUCACUUUACUUGCCAACGACGCACCCACAUCUUCAAAAUCCUUUUUCGCCCGACUGAUCAAAGACCAAAUUGAUUUUGGGAUGGUCAAAAACUGGAUGGAAAUGUGUCGGGAAGGCCACGGUGACUUCUGCACCCAGUCAAAAAUGCUGGAACACGAAAUCAAGGAUCCAGUAAACGAGAUCCCUUCUUUCCGGCUCAUUGAUGUCAUUGAUAAUUGCGUUAUACAACCUCCUCAUCACUGCCGAUACAUCGCUCUGAGCUAUGUCUGGGGGAAAAUCGACCCAUCUACUAUCCUCCGACUACUGAAAGCCAACGUGGCCGAGUUGCGCAAACCAGGAGCACUGUCCCGCAAUGAAAAUUUCAGUAAAAUUCCACUCACAAUCCGUGACGCGAUGCAACGCAAAUCCAUGCCUAUGGGAACCAUCCUCAGUCUGCUUCUGGUGCUUUAG